GUACAGUACUUUUGAAGAUACCUUAGGCUUGCACUCAAAGAUGAAAAUUAUUUUUAAAUAGGCGGAUAUGUCCAGUUUUGAAUUUCUAGCAGUGUGAGAAGCUGUCAUCAUGGGUGAUCGCAGAGCUGUAAUACUGUACGGGAGCCAGACGGGAACGGCUCAAGAUGUAGCGGAGAAGAUUGGCCGUGAAGCAAAGAGGAGACAUCUGGCUGCUCGGGUCUUACCAUUGGAUUCUUAUCCUAUUGCAAGUUUGAUACAGGAAGAGUUGGUGAUCUUUGUUUGUUCGACAACAGGACAAGGGGAUGAGCCUGACAACAUGAAGAAAUUUUGGCGUUUUAUAAUGAGGAAGGACCUGCCUGGUGACUCUCUUAUGCAAUUAAGAUUCUCUGUCCUUGGGCUUGGUGAUUCGUCUUACCCCAAAUUUAAUUAUGUCGCUAAAAAAAUAUUUCGUCGUUUGGUCCAACUUGGUGCUUCAAGCUUGAUCCCCCUUGGCCUAGGAGAUGACCAACAUGAUCUUGGACCAGAUGCAGUUAUAGAUCCAUGGCUAGAUUCCUUGUGGAAGGAAGUCCUGUCCUUUUACCCUCUACCACGUGGUCUAGAGAUCAUCCCAGCUAGUGUGUGUCCCCCUUCCAGAUUCAAUGUGCAAUUUGUCAAUACCAAAGAGAAUGGCUUCACGAAAGACAUCAUCGACACCAAAAUGGUUAAACCUCCUGGAUCUGUGACACCCAACAAUCUGUGCCCUUUCCAUGCCAAGAUGGUGGCUAACGUUCGGCAGACGGCUCAGGAACAUUUCCAGGAUGUGCGAUUGGUCAAGCUGGACGUUAAGGAGGCCAAUAUAAAGUACUCCCCUGGGGAUGUUGUAAUGAUUCAACCAAGGAAUUCUUCAUCGUCGGUGGAAACUUUUCUUGAACAUAUGAACCUUGAUCCAGAUCAGAUGAUCACCAUCUCACAGAAUGACCCAGAUGUUCCUUUACCUCCAUCCUGGUUGCUACCUCCGACGUGUUCCGUCCGUUACCUAGCAACGCAUUACCUGGAUAUCAACAGUAUCCCUAGGAGAUCGUUCUUUGAGAUGCUGGCCCACCAUGCAAGGAAUGACCUGGAGAGAGAGAAAUUCCAGGAGUUUGACAUGGCAGAAGGCCAGCAAGAGCUGUACUCCUACUGCAACCGCCCUCGUCGGACCAUCCUUGAGGUGUUACAGGACUUUCCCCAUGUUAGCAGUACCAUCCCGUUUGAAUAUCUGUUGGAUAUCAUUCCAGCAAUACAGCCUAGAGCCUUCUCCAUCGCCUCAUCACCAACAGCACAUCCCGAUGAGAUUCACAUCCUGAUGGCUGUCGUAAAGUACAAAACUAAAUUAGUUCGGCCAAGAGAGGGCCUCUGUUCAAACUGGAUAGCAUCACUCAGACCUGACGAUGAUGUCAGAAUACCAAUUUGGACCAAGAAGGGAACCAUCUCAUUCCCCUCUACCAAUACACCUGUCAUCAUGGUAGGACCAGGAACGGGCGUGGCCCCAUUCAGGAGCUUCAUCCAAGAGAGGGCAGCACAUAACAUCGGAGACAACUUGCUGUUCUUUGGCUGUCGAUAUGAAGGUCAGGAUUUUCUUUGCAAGGAUGAGUGGUCAAAGCUCCAAGACAAACAUUUGCUUCAGAUGAUCACAGCUUUCUCCAGGGAUCAGGAAGACAAGGUGUAUGUGCAGCAUCGGAUAAAAGAAAAUGCCGCCCUCGUAUGGUCACUUAUGAACAGAAGCGACCGAUCUACAAGAAUAUAUGUAGCAGGAAACGCUAAGCAGAUGCCAACAGAUGUGAGAGAAGCACUAUGCUUCGUGGUCCAAUCAGAAGGGAAGAUGAAGGAGGAGGAAGCGGAAAGAUUUAUUAGCGACAUGGAGAGGAAGAGACUGAUUCAGAUGGAAACAUGGUCAUGAGAAUCACAUCCUUUUAUUUCUUAGCCUUUUUGACAAGGCCUUGUGGCUUGGCUGUAUUCCCUAUCAAGUAGCGGCUGAGAUGAGGAUCCCGGUCGACGAAGAGAGUUGGCAAGUUUGCAUGAUCAAGCAACGUCGCGAUUCUGGCAGAGACAUGAAGGUAUGAAUUAUUCAUGAGCGUGCUGAUGCGCCAAUUCGCACUGUCGGUAUUGAUGUCUUCUUGGAAUCAGGUACAUUUGCUACUGUGGAACGGGGUUCAUUGAUGCGAACGGUAUGCUCGCUGAUUGGCCGCUACCUCUCAGGUACUGAUCACAAGUUGGAAAUAUUGAUUAACAAAGGAAAUCCAAGUCAGGUUUCUAAAGGCUCUGUGGCUGAGCUUGCAUUCACCCAGCCUAUUCGCGAUUAGUCUUUUUUCAGUCGGUAGGCAAUUAAUAUAAACAUUAUAACUUAUGGAGCUUUGUCUAAAGGCUAUUUAUUUCUUGGAGUUGAAGGAAUAUUUUUGUCCCAGUCAGGACAGGGUGAUCAUGUUUUGUGGCCUGGACCAAUUUUGAUGCAGAUCACACCCUGCUUAUUAUGUAAGAUACCUCAAACUAUGCCAAUUUAAGGAUUUAGUGAUUAUCAUGUUUUGAGAAUCGAGCAGAGAUAAUAAUACAAUAUAGAAUUGGAAGAAAAUGUGUAAAUGAUACAAAUCACAAAGUUCCUUAAAUUUGCAGUGUGAUUGAAAAUUCAAAAUUUGCUGCUUUUCUUUGCAAAUUGGCAAAUUUAGUACUUUUUAAUACAUUCUCUAUCAGUCUAUAUCUAUUUCCGAUUCAUAGUGUAAAAGGUAGCCAUUUAA